AUGAAAUUUAUUCCUUAUUUCUUCUUCUUUCCUUCCGUGCUCAUAACGGCGGAACUUACUCCUCCAUUUAACUCGUUUCCUUCAUUGAAUAUUUUUUAACAAAAUUCGUUUAACCCAUAUAAAAGGAUAUCUUCUUCUUUCUCAAACAACAUGAUAGGUAGGUGGAUUGGUUCGUGUGGGCGGACUCCUCAUGAGCUGGAUCGAGCCCCACCUGAGGAACUUUAUUUUUCGCCACGACCAGGUGCUAUUUAUACACCACGGUUACCAUACCAUUGCGUUGCUUCCAACAGAUGCCGGACGGUAGUGUUGCUUCCUCCCAGCUCGACUGACUCCACCAACUUCGCUGACAAAGCCAAAUCAGCCAUGUCCGGCGAUGGCCAGAGCGGCUCCGCAAGGGCGCACUUCGUGCUGGUCCCGAUGAUGGCGCAGGGUCACAUUAUUCCCAUGACCGACAUGGCGCGCCUGCUGGCCGAGCACGGCGCGCAGGUCACCUUCAUCACCACGCCAGUGAACGCGUCCAGGCUGGCGAGCUUCGCCGCCCACGUGGAGGAGACAGGCCUGGCGGUCCGGCUCGUGGAGCUCCAUUUCCCGGCAGCCGAGUUUGGGCUACCGGACGGGUGCGAGAACAUCGACAUGAUCCAAUCUAAGGAUCUGCUGUUGAACUUCUUCGAGGCAUGCGCCGCCCUCCGGGAGCCGCUCAAGGCACAUCUCCGUGAGCAGCAACAGUCGCCUCCGAGCUGCAUCAUAUCUGACACGACGCAUUGGUGGACCAAUGAUGUCGCAAGAGAGCUUGGUAUCCCGAGGCUCACCUUUAGCGGCUUCUGUGGCUUCUCGUCCCUUGUCAGUUACAUCAUUUGCCGCGACAACUUAUUGAAACACGUCACAGAUGAGAAUGAGCUCAUUACGAUCCCAGGGUUCCCUACAUCACUGGAGCUGGCAAAGGCUAAAUGCCCUGGACGCAUUCCCAUUCCAGGUAUGGAGCAAAUUCGUGAGAAGAUCUAUCAAGAGGAGCUGAGAUGCGAUGGCGUAGUCCUUAACAGCUUCAAAGAGCUGGAGACAUUGCAUAUCGAAUCCUUUGAGCAGGUGACAAGGAAGAAAGUAUGGACGGUCGGGCCAAUGUGCCUCUGCCACCAGAACAGCAACACAAUCGCCGCAAGAGGAAACAAGGCACCAAUAGAUGAGGCAGACUGCUUGCAGUGGCUUGAUUCAAUGAAGCCAGGCUCAGUGAUCUUUGUCAGCUUUGGCAGCCUCACCUGCACUGCACCUCAGCAACUUAUUGAGCUCGGCCUGGGACUUGAAGCCACCAAGAAACCAUUCAUUUGGGUGAUCAAAGCAGGAGAUAAGUUUCCAGAAGUUGAGGAAUGGCUCUCAGACGGCUUCGAGGAACGUGUCAAAGAGAGAGGCAUGAUCAUAAGGGGCUGGGCACCACAGGUGAUGAUCCUGUGUCACCAAGCCAUUGGAGGAUUCAUGACACACUGUGGGUGGAACUCAACAAUAGAAAGCAUCUGUGCAGGUGUGCCCAUGAUCACAUGGCCACACUUCUCGGAGCAGUUUUCAAACGAGAAGUUGGUGGUGGAUGUGCUGAACAUUGGGGUGGAGGUUGGAGUGGAAGGAGUUACAUGGUGGGGACAUCAACACAAAGAGGCUAUGGUUACAAGAAAUGAUGUGGAGAGAGCAGUGUACGCCCUGAUGGAUGAGGGGAAAGCUCAAGAGCAGUUCCGGGUGAGAGCAAAAGACUGUGCCAUCAAGGCAAGGAGGGCUUUCGAUGAGGAAGGUUCUUCAUAUAACAACAUAAAGCUACUGAUUCAAGAAAUGGGAAACAAGACGAAUGCAUGUGGUUGAUGCACAUGGUGUAAACUUAAUAAAGAAAUAUAUUUUCCAAAUAACCAGUAGCUUGUAUCAGGGUCACUGGUGGUGGCCUAAUUGUUUAGAGAUUAGGCAUGGUCCAAAUGAGUUGACAGCAAUAUCGAUUAUCCAUACUGUUACACAGGUUCCAUGGCAGUCAAUAUAAUGUUACACACAGUCUGAUUUUCCAGAUGUUAUGUUCUCCCUUCCCUUUGUUUCCCACUAGCUCAUCAGAGUUGAUAAGAGUUGGAAAAGGCCAAAAAAUAAAUAAAAUGUAUGCACACAAUCAAAACUGACACUGAAAGCAAGAGGUAAUUCGAGGUGAAUAUUAGAAAGAAAAGAAGGAACUAGAACCAGCAUAAAGCAAGAAAUUAGAAGCUUAUGUUUGACUGAGUAGUGUGACGAACAUUAAGUUUCAAGGAUCUUCCCAUCUUAAUCCAAGAAAAAGGUUUGAGGGCCAAACUCAAGAUUAAUGAGGAAAGCAAUUACUUCAGGUGCCAC